AUGCCUCAAGUUACCAACUACAUGUUUUUUUCCGAUGCUUCUACUUCUGCUUGUGCUGCUGUCUCUUACCUGCGAGUGAAAACAUCUGAUGGUGAAUAUAGAGUGUCACUUCUUAUGGCAAAAACUAAAGUGGCACCUUUGAAGAAAAUUACCGUUCCGUGCUUGGAACUCAAUGGUGCACUUCUUGCUUCAAAAGUUCCGUCCAAAGUUCUCGACACCUUACAGUUGCCAUCCAUCACCAUCUAUUGCUGGUCAGAUUCGAAGACAACUCUGAGCUGGAUUCGAUCAAACCCAGGAAAACAUAAACAGUAUGUGGCGAACCGAAUCACCAAAAUCCAAGAGCUGACAACUAUCGACUGCUGGAGGUAUGUGCCAACUAAAAGUAAUCCUGCUGACAUAGCUUCUCGAGGCGUCUACCCUUCUCAGCUACAUAGUCUUGACUUAUGGUGGUCUGGUCCAACAUGGCUACAAAAAGAUGAAGGAGAAUGGCCUGAACAAAAAUUUGUCGUCAGUGAUGUACAGGAGGGUAAACCUGUCAGCUCAAAGAGCAAGCUAAUGAAACUCAAUCCAAUGAUUGACGAUACUGGCAUCGUACGAUUGAAUGGCAGAUUAAAAAAUGCCCUAUUGACUGUGUCUGAACGGUUUCCUAUCAUUUUGCCUAAGGAAAGUAAACUUACGUCUUUGCUUAUUGAUCAAGCACAUAACGCCACUAUGCAUGGUGGCAAGCAAACGACAAUUAACUUUCUUCGAAGGCGCUAUUGGAUUAUCGACUGUCGUUCCUCAGUACAGAAGUUCAUUCGUCGAUGCUUGAUAUGCUGUCGUCAUAAGCCACAACCUACAACACAAAUUUUGGGAAUUCUUCCCACACCUCGGUGCACAGCCGCUGCUCCGUUAAGGCAUUCCGGACUAGACUAUGCCGGACCCUAUGCGAUUCGUACAUCAAAAGGCCGAGGUCAUCGAAGUUACAAGGGAUGGGCACUAAAGCUAUUCAUCUAG